GACGAGCUAUCAAAAUUAGCCUCCUCGCAAGAUAUCAACCCUCAGAGGUCAAAAUCAUGGAGGUACUUGAUACCCCGAGCUACACCGAUUUCACAAUCGAGUCUCAACUGCUAAGCAUAGAUCCUUCUUCACUAAGCUGGACUACCCCACUUAUAGAGUAUUUGCGAAGUGGUGAGCUGCCUGGAGACCCAUCCACAGCAAAGUUGGUUAAACGCAAGGUGGCGCAUAAUCAACUCUACAAGCGAGCAGCCUCAAUGCCCCUACUACGCUGCUUUACUCCUUAUGAAGCUGAGUACGCUGUAAGAGAAGUUCAUGAAAGAAAUUAUGUCAAAAAAUGCUCGACCUGCCAGUUCAAUGUUGAGAACAUUCACAUGCUAGGAGAAAUGCUAUCAUCACUCUCAUCACCCUGGCCUUUUGCUCAAUGGGGAGUUGAUCUGCUCGGCCUUUUUGUCAAAGGCAAAGGAGGUUGCACCUACUUAGUUGUCGCGGUGGAUUACUUCACCAAAUGGAUAGAAGCCAAACCAUUAUCCAUGACAAUAGAGAAGAAAAUUGAGGAAUUCUUAUUCAAUUCGAUAUUAUGCAGGUUCGGCAUACCUAAACGGAUUAUCGUUGACAAUGGUCCACAGUUCCGAGCCACGACACUGAGGUCGUUUUGCAACGACUAUGGCAUUGAGCUCGCCUUGACAUCUGUGUAUACUCCACAAUCAAAUGGACAAGCCGAUUCCACAAAUAAAAUCGUCUUGCGAGGCCUCAAGAUGCGUGUUUUAGCCACACAUUCUAAUUGGGUUGACGAGCUGAAUAAAGUGCUCUGGUCGUGUCGCACUACACCCAGUUCGGUUACAGGCGAAACCCCAUUUAGCCUCACUUAUGGAGCUGAGGCCAUUAUCCCUAUAAAGGUGGGAUUGCCAUCUGACAGAUCAAAUCAGCACGAUGAUCUUAAUAAUGAGCAACUUUUAAGAGAGAACCUAGACCCUGUAAAAGAGGUUAGGGAGAUGUCUCGAAUAAAAAACAUGGCAUAUCAGGCUCGUGUUGCUAAAUUUUAUAAUAAGAGAUUGCAAGCUUGUCAGUUUCAGGUUGGCGAUCUGGUUUUACGCAAAGCUGGAUUAACCAAUGCUUAUUCACACAUGGGCAAGCUCGCUCCUAAUUGGGAAGGUCCGUAUCUGGUUGUUCAAGUUAACCGACUUAGAUCUUACAUAUUAGUAGACAUGAAAGGACGCUAGUUACCAUUUACAUGGAAUGUUCAGAAUCU